AUGUAUCCUCACAUACCAACAAUCUUCGCAACAGCAGCAGCAUGUAUAUUCCUCCUGGGAUCAACACAUGCCAGUCCCUUGCUACCACUGCCAUUCUCCGUAUCCACCAACAACCCCAAUCACAAGCCCAACAAACCCAGCGCCACCCAGCCAGGCGCAGUCUCGACGGACAACAACAAUAGUACAUACACACCGCCCUACCCAAACCCGGGGAUCCUCGCACCUCUCCCGUCAUGGCUCAAAUGGCCACCGCCCGAUACUUUGGCCGUUACCCCGCGCUACAAACCCAUUUAUAUCACUGACGAGCUGGUCGACUUUAUUGUUGAUGUUCCAAAGGGUUCUGACCAGACUUCUAUCACGCUACAGUUUGGAGGGAUUGGGAAUACGCCCUUUGAAGCGACUGUUCGUCCUGGUACCAAUAUCGUUUCUGUCCCCAAGGGUAACAUUGGCAUCUCUUCGACGAACGUCUCCGUUAUAAUGGGAGCUGUCAAAGCCAAGGCUACAUUUGCGAUUUACAAGGAGCCUACUCCAGGGACGUCACAUAUUGUCAGAGUCGACUACUUGCAUGGAUCGCUUGUGCCCCAACAACCAGGGUCGUCUCUCACUCCUGGAUCACAGCCUCUGUUCCCCUUUGGUAUGUACGCAGGGUUCAGUUCCUUUGGCGAAAUAGACCCUGUCGGAGCCGUGCAGGAACUGAAGGCCAUGGGCAUCAACCACGUCAACUUUGUCCCGCCUUACGGGGACGGGAAGCAGAUUCAGGCGUGUAUCAAGGCUGCACAGGGUACCGGUGUCUCGAUCCAGUACGACAUGCGACACUCUUAUGUCAACACAAAAAACGUCACCGCCGAAGUGAACAGCGUCAAAGCUUAUGCCAGCUUGGCGACAUGGUACACAGCCGACGAACCUGACGGCGAAGCCAUCGCACCGGAACCAAAGACCUCCACACAGGCCUACCGGACCAUUCAAUCCCUCGACCCCCACCGUCCCGUCAUGCUGGUUCUCAAUUAUAUCCGUGACUCGGCCGCAAAGUUCUCUCAGGCUGCUGAUAUCCUUAUGACAGACGUCUAUCCCGUAGGGCUCGACCCAAUGCAGUGCAACUUCAGCCCCGAGGGUGGCUGCUGUGGCUGCAAUGGAUGUUUUGGUGACUUGGGCACCGAUAUUCGGCGGCGCUUACAGUCCUACCGGUCGCAACUUGCAGAGAUUGGUAAACCCCGGAUGCCGAUCUGGAUGGUCUUGCAGGCCUUCUCGGAUCCUAGUACUUGUUGGACGCGCGCGCCCACGCCCGAAGAGUACAGACUGAUGUCGUACCUCUCGAUCAUCCAUGGAGCCAAAGGAUUGAUGGGCUGGAUCUACCCACGAGGACUUACGGAUGAGUUGAAGGCGUCGAUCCCGGGGCUGUCGGCAGAGUUGGUGCCCUUGGCGUCGAGGUUUGUUCUGGGUGGUGAGCAAGUCCUGGAGUAUACGGAUACGAAACGACAGAUUACGGCGGGUAUGUGGAGGGUUGAUGGUGGUGGUGGAGGUAGGCUAUAUGUUGUCGCGAAUACGGGUGAUAAGGCGGUAACGUUGACUGAGGGUGAGGUUGCGACAAUCUUUGGAGAUGAUGGCGCAUUGGUGGAAAGUCGUAGGGAGAUGGAGAGCCUUGCGGUUCUCAUCCUUACAACGGUAUAG